CAAUUCAGCCAAAAAUCUUCAACACGCUACUCAGAUUUCGAUUUUUCAAGGUUGCAUUGUGUGGGGCCACUUCCCCAUCCGAAAAUGGUGCUCAAAUGAGUCAGCGGCAUUAGAGGGAGAGUCAGAGGCUGAUCGCGAAAAAACGCUCUGCUUUCACGAUGGAACUGAUGUCAUGAAGACGCUAGGACUGUAUUGGGACACAAAAUCGGAUAACCUGCUAUUCAGCUUCGUGGAAAAUUCGCAUCAGGUUGCUGCCACAAAGAGGUCAAUUUUGUCAACUGUGGCCAAAUUCUAUGAUCCGCUCGGACUGAUAGCUCCUGUCAUAACUCGGCUGAAGAUCUUUCUCCAGAUCCUAUGGAAGGACAAGCUUGACUGGGAUGAAGCUCUACCGCAAUCAUUGCACACUCUUUGGUUGGACCAUGUUAGCCAAAUUUCGGCUGUCAGUCACCUCAAAUUUCCUCGUUUUGUGAUCCAGUCUAACGCAUUGCUCGAAAUCCAUGCAUUUUGUGAUGCAAGUCUCGCUGCAUAUGGAGCUUGUGUUUACGUGCGGUCAGAGUCGCAUGGCAUCGUUUCAACGCACUUGCUGUGCUCAAAGUCAAGAGUCUCGCCUUUAAAAACUCUUACGGUACCCAAAUUGGAGCUAUGCGCAGCACUUCUACUGUCAGAACUAGUCGGAAAUAUCGCACAAACCAUAUCAUCUCAUUGCUCUUAUCAUUGUUGGUCCGAUUCGACCAUUGUUUUAUCUUGGAUUCGUCAGCCUCCUUCAGAAUUCAACAUUUUCGUAUCCAACAGGAUUGCUCAAAUUCAGGAUCGCACCAAGGAUAUGAAAUGGCACCACGUACCAACCGAUGUCAAUCCGGCUGACAUAUUGUCAAGAGGAUGCACACCACUCGAGCUACUGGAAUCAAAAUUAUGGCGUGAAGGGCCGCCAUUCUUGAAAUUGGACCCCUUCUCCUGGCCUGCUCUUGUGCCUUCUUUGACAGACUUGCCUGAACGUCGCCGAAGCGUCUUCAUUCUGUCUGAGAAUCCAGACAUCUCCUACGCCUGUAAGUUCCAAAACUCAUUUGGCAGGCUGCAGAGAGUUUUUGGAUACAUACACCGCUUCUCACGCUUAAAAAGCCGCAACCAGGAACGUCGCAGAGGACCCCUCACGGUGGACGACAUCAAAGACGGCACGCAUCUGCUUCUCAAGUCGAUCCAGGAAACCUGGUUUUCGGACGAACUCCGGGCGCUGAGAGCGAAGAAGGAGGUCAAAUCUAAAAGCAAGCUGUUCUCACUGCACCCUAUCCUGGACGGUUCAGGCCUGAUUCGCGUUGGAGGUCGUCUUCAAAACUCGAUCCUGGACUACGACGCGAGACAUCCACUGCUGCUGCCAAAGGAUCAUCCAGUCACUCGCGCAAUCAUUGCGCAUUUUCACGCCAAGUUCCUGCACGCUGGACCUCAAAGCCUGUUAGCUGCCCUGCGACAAAGGUUUUGGCCAAUUGGAGGCCGAAAAACGGUUGCAGCCACAGUCAACAAAUGCAUUAGAUGUUUUCGCCUGAAGCCUACGAUUCUCGAGACCAUUAUGGCUCCGCUGCCAGCAAAUCGAGUGCAACCAUGUCGCCCUUUCAAAACGACUGGUAUCGACUUCUGCGGCCCAUUUUAUUCCAAAUCAGAAGUCAGGAAUCGUCCUCCAACGAAAUGCUACAUAGCAAUUUUCGUUUGCUUCGCCACGAAGGCCUCACAUUUGGAGUUGGUAGAGGACUUAUCUGCCAUGUCGUUCAUCGCAUCCUUGAGGCGCUUCAUCAGUACCAGAGGCAAGCCGCAUACAAUUUGGUCGGACAAUGCAACCAAUUUUGUCGGUGCGAAAAAUGAGCUGAAGGAGUUGGCGGAACUGUUUCUCUCCGACCCGCAAAAUUUCGCACUACGCGACUGCUUCGUCUCGCUUGGCAUAAACUGGCAAUUCAUACCUCCCCGUUCCCCGCACUUUGGUGGACUAUGGGAGGCCGCCGUUAAAUCUGCCAAAUUCCACUUCAUUCGUGUGGUUGGCAAAUCUCUGCUAACAUUUAACGAACUUCGAACUUUAGUUUGCGAAAUCUCGGCCAUGUUGAACUCACGUCCAAUUUGUCCUCUUUCAGAGAGCCCUGACGACUUGGAUAUCCUCACUCCUGGCCACUUCUUAAUUGGUGCCUCCUUUGCCGCUAUCGAGGAGCCAGACAUAACUCACCUCGACAUCAGCCGUCUGAGCCGAUGGCAACGAGUCUGUCAGAUGCAGCAGACAUUCUGGCGAAAAUGGAGCACUUCCUAUCUAUCGCUGCUUCAAGAACGUGGCAAGUGGCGAUCGUCUAAGCCGAGUCUUCUACCCAAUAGCAUCGUGGUGCUAAAAGACGAAAACCUUCCUCCUCUGCAAUGGCGCAUGGGCAGAGUCGAGAGCACCAUACCUGGAAAAGACGGCGUCUCUCGAGUGGCAGUAAUUCGUACGGCUACUGGUGUGACUAAGCGAGCUGUCAGCAAAUUGGCUGUUCUGCCCCUUGAGACCACAUCAUCUGUCAGCGUGCCUCUUUCAGCGGGGGGAGCAUGUCGGGAGCAGAGCCAGCAAUUAUAAUUACGCUUAAUCAUUUUUAGUUUCAAUAAUAUUAAAUUCAAGUUAAAUUCAUUUUUAGUUUAAGUAAAUUAUAUGCACAUUCAAAUUCAAACUUAACGUAAAUUCCACCCGCCAAAUUAUUGAUCAUUCCCUUUGUUCUUCUUGCUUUGCUUAUCUUUGUCUUAUUCUUCUUCUUACUCGCUAAGCACACAGGUGCACGCACUUGUUCUUAUCUUAGUCAUUCGCACUUUUCGUUAUCUCGCUUUCGGUCCGCAAAUUUGUCGUCGCUUGUGCAUUACAAAAAACAUUGUUAAAAUCAUAUGUUAAACAAUUAACAAAUACAUAAUUAAAAACUAAACAAUUGUGC